CGCAGCCGCCUGGCUCCGCCGCGGGAGUAGCCGGUGCAGGCCUCCGCGCCGGUGCGGGACCCAGGGCUCCGCCGCGCUCGCCCAGCCCGACUCCGGGCCGCCGGACCGCACCAUGCGCGCCGCGCCGCCUCCCGCGCGCCUUCUGCCGCUGCUGCUGCUGCUCGCGCUCCUGGCCGCGCCCGCCGCCCGCGCCAGCAGAGCCGAGUCCGCCGCCCCGCCGCAGUCCGGAUCCGAGCGCCAGCCGCGGCCGCCGCCCGGCCCGGGACCCGGGAACGCCACCGGGAUGGGCUCCGGGGAGGCGGCGGGCGGCGGCGGCAGCUCCAACAGCAGCGGUGACGCCCUGGUGACCCGCAUCUCCAGCCUGCUCCGCGACCUGCCCACCCUGAAGGCGGCCGUGAUCGUGGCGUGCGCCUUCUCCGCCUUCCUCAUAGCCUGCCUGCUGCUGCGCGUCUUCAGGUCGGGGAAGAGGUUGAAGAAGACCCGCAAGUAUGACAUCAUCACCACUCCGGCCGAGCGAGUGGAAAUGGCCCCGUUGAAUGAAGAGGAUGACGAGGACGAGGACUCCACAGUAUUUGACAUCAAAUACAGGUAAAACCUGUUCUCCAGCGUGUUGGCAUCCUGUGGCUGGUCGGCUGAAGCUGGGGGGUGUGAAGGAUCUGGAAGCUGUCCCGUCCGAGGUGUUGAAACCAAAACAAACAUUAUUUAUGAAACUCUGGCACAGUUGUGUGUAGAAUGUUGGCUCCGAAUGUCACUGCAGGAGACACCACCCUCUGGACGCCCCUUUAAAAUGUCACCCUUUAUUCCCUCCUCAAGAAGGCUUUUGCCUUGCUAAAGGGCAAGGGGAAACAUGCUGAUUUAAAAAAUAAUUUUAAAGCAACUGCCGACAAAAGUAAAAGAGAUCAGAAGUUAUCAAGAACCUAAAAAAAGCCUAAAGGAUAUUCAGCGGCAUAUUUAGGGUUUCUGACAGUCUGCUCUCCUGGAUCUACGAACUUUUAGAUGUCUGACCCUUUGUGGUCUUUCUGGGCUUGAUCGAGUUCUGGCCUUUCGUUGGUGGUGGCUGCGUGAAAGUUCAGAGUGCAAGGGCUUGGAGCUGCUCAGCUCGUAGCAGAUGUAAACACGUCCUGUGGCUCCUUUUCUUUUCCUUUUUCGAAAGGGUUCAGCAGAAUUAGGCAUGGCUAGCUCACAAAGAAUUCUCAAUAUCAGGGAGAAACCUAGACCUGUGUGUGUGCGUGUGUGUGUGUGUGUGCAUGUGUGUGUGUGUAUGUACAUGUGAGAUAAUUUCUCCAUCUCUAAAGAGAAAAGAAAGUGUUUGGCAGCCUUUGCUUAGUAACAUCCAUUGUGUGUUUCUCUGCCCUGUCACCGUUCUACAUUGUUGGUCUUAGAAAUGGAAUUUUAAAAAAAUCACUGUGAUAAUUUAAAUGAAUGGUGAUUUGGUUGGCUGAAAAAAGCCCACUGCCAGGGACUACGUUUGCAGUUGGUCCAGGCCAGACUGGCCUAGGAACCCACCUGGACCCCGGAGGUUACUGCAGGAAGGCCCCUCCCACAGGUGGGUUUGGGUGGUGGCUUCUCUUGCAGCUCGAGUGCCCGACACUUGCUGGAAGCAGGGCCUCGGGCUGACUUCUCAGGAUGAUAGAGGCCUCCCAUUUCACUGUUUCCCCCGGGUUAUUUGCUGCAACGGAUAUCCUUCUGCUAAAGUCUCCUAGCAGUGCCUUUGGGGGCCGGCUACUCUGUUCUCUCUGGAAAGGUGUUUUGUAAUUUGUUUUAUCUCCUCUUUUCUGGCAUUCUGCAGGGUUUGCAAAUUUGCCUGUUUAUUGUCUGCUUCACUGCUUGGGAUGAAAACUCUGGCCUUUCCCUACUCGCCCCUAUUUUCAGAUUUUUCGGUUUCCUGAGAAGGGGCUGCCCUGCUUUGGGGUCCCCUGGUUCCCAAGGCCCGCUGGGCAUGGGUGCUCUGCAGCCCUGGCCCAUCAGGGUGGCACUUCGGCCUCUGCAGAAGAGAGGGGCGGCCACUCUGGGGACAGUGGCCUGCUGCUCCUCGGCUCCCUCCCGUGAUUUUGCUUCUUUUGUUGACUUUCCUUCUCCCUUUCUCCGCCCUGUUUGCCAGAGGGGUGGGCCUGCUUUAUCUCUACCCUCCACCGUGUCCUCAUGGGCCUGGGUGGUGACUAAACCGGAUGGGCCACCUAGCAGCUGUGCGCUGUCCGGACCUUUGAACUGGAACCGUGGCUCACACUUGCCUUUCCGACACCACGUCUGAACCAUCUGCGGAGAAGCUGGACUCUUCUGCCUGACGCAUGAACGCCGGCCUCUGUCUGCCAGGUGCUUGUCACAGGGCCUGGCAGAGGCGGCCACCAAGAAUGACCUUCCAGAUGCCACAGCUUUGGCACUAGAGGCUCUUAAAUAAAAAACCCUUCUGGCGUG